GCUUAAACUUGUGAACAACAGGAACAUAUUUGUGCUGCUCAUCGAGUGAACAUUUUUUUGACAUGCCACACAGAACAGUGCUCGUUACGGAUCACCCGAGUCAGAGUACGCAAACUGUAGGCUACGGUUGUUGUGUAGCUUACGGCUUGUUAUCAGCUGAUUGUAACAGAAGCAACACAGUGUAAGUUACGCUUUAAGCGUAGCUUACGGUUCAUAGCUGGGCACAUUUUAUCCAUUCACAUCAGAAGGAUUGUGGUGUAAGCUACGGCUUUGUCGUAGCCUACGACGCAUCAGAAUUCAAUGUCGUUGUUCCAGGUCAGAAGUCACGUGUUGUAGCCUACGGAGUGAAUGUAACCUAUGCUUUCAGCUGGUUCAUAUGGGUCGGUUCAGGUAAAACGGGUUGACCCGGGUAAUAAAAAAAAAUAAUAAUAACAUAACAUAACAAAUCCUACUCCAGCCAGAUUCUCGGUUGUGUUUUUUUCCCUGAUCAUUCGUCUUUUUCAUCAUCUCUCUCAUCCCUUUCAAGAACCCUAGCUCCUCCAUAACCACUCACAUCUCUGAAACCUUCAAAACUCAACCAAAUCGAGUGGUUCCUGUGCCGACUUUGCCUAGUUUUUCGAGGAGAACAACAUCAAUACAUCCGUUUUCCAUGAUUCACCCUCGUUUACACGAAAUCGGAAGAGAGGGUGACGAACCCUAAUUUUCUAAUUUGGGGCUUUUUGUUUGGGAGUGCAAGUGACUGCAAUUUAAGCAUAAUAACGUGUUUUUAAACACAAGAGGAUGGCUAAGACAAAGAAACCGGCGGGAAAGACAAACCAGGGUAAUGUGGUUGCAAGUUCUUCAGCAACACCUUCACAACAACGUGGUGGAAAGAGAAAAUUAGUCUCACAAGAAUUAGAAAAUGAAGUUCCUCAAUCGACACAAUCAAGAAGAGAACCAAUGGAAGAGGAAGAUGAGACCAAUCCAUAUCAUGUUCACAUUUGGAAGAGUGGUUCAUUAAAUGAUUUUAAGAAAGAUCUUCAAGUUCAGUUCUUUAAUGAGAAGAUAAAGGGUAUAGGUGAUAGGAAGGAGGCGUUCAUAUGUGAACGGGAGAUCACAGACCAUGAAUUCAGGCCUUUUGGGAUUAUACAAAGGUUUGAAGCUUUAGGAUGGGAAGCUGCAUUAAAGUGUUAUGAUGGAGAAAAGACGAGCAUGUACAUGGAUCCAAUACAAGAGUGGAUGGCGUCGUUGGAGGUUACUUGGGGUAAGUCGUUGAAAAAUAUGAGUUUGAAGGGGUAUGCUAAUGGUAAGACGGUAAUUAUGUCAGGGGCAACGCUUAAGCAGAUUGCAAAGUUUGAUUCAAGACCAAGUGCAGGUUAUACAUAUCCGAAUGCAGAUCUUCUAUUUAAACGUCCAGACAGGCAUCCAGAGUGGCCUAACAUGUUAGUGGAGUUAUUUGAACCGGGGAAGGGAGGUCAAAUGGUGAGAGAUGACCUUAAGUUGCCUGUUAGACUAAUGCUAUUGUUUGUGGUUCAAAAUGUGAUGCCCCGACGUGGGGAUAAGAAAGGAAUUCGAAAAUGGGAGAUUCCCAUUCUCUACUCAUUGAUGACCGGGAGACUUAAGGUAUCUUUCACGCACUUAGUGAUGAUGAACAUAUGGGAAGCGAGAAAUAGCAAAGGGAAGAAGAUUAUUCCACAUUGCCGGUUGAUUACAGCUCUUUUGAAGAAAAAUGGGGUUUUUGAUAUGUAUAACAAAGCUACAGAGAGAGAUAUUUCUCCGUUUACUCUAAAGAAUUUGAGCAAGUUCAAAUGGGAACUCUCAACAACUGAGCGAUACCUCAAGUUAGAGCAAAAAGAUACGGGUAAGAAGUUGCGGGCAUUGAAGCCCGAUGCUCGGGUUUUGGAACCAGGCGAGUCGGAUGAGGCUUUCAGCGAUGAUAAUGCGAUGGGUAUGAAUGAUGAGUUGGAUGAAGAAGGGGAGAAUGAGAUUGAUAUGGAAGCUGAGGCAGGUAUUGGUAUGAUUUCGUGGGUGCACACGGAGCCACGGGGUGCGUAUAUUACGUCAAGGGGUAUAGGUGAUGAGAUGGCUAAGGUUAUUCAACAGGCAAGGACACCAGACUGGAGUGAUUUUCCUGGUUUUGCACAAGUAAUAUAUGACCAGAACACCCAUCAUAGAGAGUUGAACAGAUUAGAGUCGCAAAGAAUUCAAGAGAUGCUUACGUCCUUGUUAGAUCGCAGUGGCCGCCCUACUUCCGACACUCUCUGAUCAACUGAUCAGGUCCAUGUGUCUCUCUAUCUUGUACUUUAAUUUAUUGUUGCACUUUAUUUUUAUUUUUGUAUUUGGUGGUGUGAAAAACUAUGUGUUGGGAAUGUUUGUUUUGUUUAGCGGUAUGAAUUUUGGUUGGGAGGAAAAUCACAUGGUCGCUUCUAAAUUAUGGGACACUUGAUGAAUUGGUAAUAUAGUUGCUUUUGCUCUAAAAACCCAUACAUUGGGGACAAUGUAUCCCAAGUGUGGGGAUGGAAGGAAUUUUGGAAAAAAAUGAAAUUUUUCUAAAUUUUGCCUUAAAGCAGUUUAAUCGGACAUGAAAGCGGCUUUUUCAGUACAUACCCAACUUGUUGUCUGCUUGUGAGUAGGGGUCUUUAGUCAUGGUCCAAUUCAUGGAGAAGUAAUAUGAACCGUUUUCAGCAGGUAUUUUUAAGAAAAGUGUUUAGAAUUGCCUAACUAAGGUUAACAAGCUACCGGUAAGAAUUGCAUGCACUCAUCGGUAACCUUAUUACCCAUUUUGGUGAGAUCUUGAGCCUAUUAGUUGUUAGAUUGACUUACACAGCUUUAUAUAUUCAUUUGAUGAGAGUAGGCCAUAUGUUAUUAUGUUAUAGAACUUGUGUGAUUCGAUACAUGCUGAGAUUGUGGACUUGAUAUAUGCACAUAGAUGAUAAAGGCAAAUUAGGAUCCCCUUUUUGCCUGACAUGUUUUCUUUGUUUGACUGUUUAACUUGUGUAGUCAGAAAAACUCCCUUAGAAGCCAAAAUUGAGCCUUGAAGCCUUUCAUUUGUUUAAACCCAAAUUAACCAUUAGUCUUUACCAACUGUGAUGGUGGCCAUGUGAAGUGUAUUCGUUCAAAAAAAAAAAAAAAAUACAAAGGUUAAAAAAAAAAAGAGAGAAAAUUAAAAGAGAAAAAAAAAAUAUAGAAGUUAAUUUGUUGUUGGUCGAAGUGGCCGAAGUUGUUUAGCUGUUAGUUAUUGUGAAUAAGGAUUGUUGAUCAGUUUGGUUUCACCUUUUCUUUUAGCCACUGUUAGCCAUAAAUUUCCUACCUUAGCCUAAGCCCAAAACCUGUAAGUCCUUUAGAUAUGUGCAUUGUCUAUGUGUUACAGUGGAGGUGUGAUUGUCAUACAAGCUUAUGUUAACAGAGUUUCAUAUUCGGUUUUUGAGAGAGCAAUACUAGUUCGUUACAUGCUAGUUCAGAUAUUAAACCGAGUGGAGUGAAAAUUGUGAGGGGUGUGUUGUAUGAAAAUAAAAACCGGAAGCAUGUUAGGUUUAGUUAGGCGAUUUUUUUUCUUUCAAAUAAGAAUCAAUUUUGACUUGCUGAAUUAACACAUCUAAUGCUGAUCCGGAAUGGGGUAUGACUUUGGACCCUAGCUAAUGCAUGGUAAGGACGAUUGGGGGUAUUUGUUUUUGUCUGUUAUAAUGUUUCGAACGGAUUUGCUUGAGGGCAAGCAAAGAGCAAGUGUGGGGAUGUGAUGGAUGGGUUUAGGAAUGUGGUUUAUAUGUGUCUAAUGCCUAAUCUUAUGCAUAUUUGAUCGUUUAUACGUGUGGAAUUGAAUAACUAUGAGAAAAUGGUGUUUUGUAGGUUAAACACGAAGAUCGGACGUGUUUUGAGGAAAACUAAUGGAGUGGAAUUAAAGAUCUUAAGAGAUAAAAUGAUAGAGGGCGGAAUUACGAAGACGUGGGCGAAAACGGGGCGUAAAACGGAGCUAAAACGAAAAAGUUAUGAAGAAAACAGUUUUGGGAAGAAUCCGUCAGACGUAGGCUACGGAUCAGGUGUAGCCUACGGAUCAGUAUAGACGCAAAUUCGCAUAAAACCAAUAAAAAUUAGGUUUUGAGAUAUCUUGAACACAGAGUUCGUUAGAGGAAGGCAAGGAGACGAAUUUAGGUGAUUUGGAGCAGGGUUUUACACCAUUCCUCACUUUCCUAUCAUUCCUAAAUCAUCAAUCAUGUUUUCUAACAUCGAAUCUGAAGAUCAAUUCACAAGCAUGAGCAGCUAAUUUCUCUAUGGUUUCCUCCAGGGCUAGGGUUUUGUAAGUUGGAUGAUAUUAUGUGUUUAUGACUAUUGUUUAAACUCAGUGAUCUAAGCAUUCGAUGCUUUUCACUGUUGAUUUGAUUAAUUGAUUGUAACUGAUUGCAUUUUAUUUAACCUUAGUUCUUAAUCAUUCAA